AACCGAGCUUAACACGAGCUGAGGCCGAAACCCUUGGUUGAAUUGCCACCCUUAUCUCCAUCGCAUACUCUCAAUUGUGUAAGAAGAGAGCGCAGGUGAGGUGUGAGACGAGCUACUGCUGCUGCUUCUCUUCUUCCGUGGUCAAAAUGGCGGGUCUCGUGGGAUCGCCAUGGCUCCGAAUUAGGGUUUCUCCCGAUUUCGCACCUCUUCUUCUCCGAUCGCCACUCGCUUCGAAGCCCUACCUCGCCCAUCGGCGGCGGAGCCUCGCAGUCUCGGCCUCUUCCGCCGCCGCCGCGGCGGCGCAGGGCGAGGUCCGCGUCCGCUUCGCCCCGUCGCCCACGGGGAACCUCCACGUCGGCGGUGCUAGGACGGCGCUCUUCAACUACCUCUUCGCUAGGUCCAAGGGCGGAAGAUUUAUACUUCGAAUUGAAGACACCGAUCUGGAGAGGUCAACUAAGAAGUCGGAGGAAGCAAUGUUGAAUGAUCUCUCUUGGCUCGGUCUUGACUGGGAUGAAGGUCCAGGUGUUGGUGGAGAUUAUGGUCCUUAUCGGCAAUCAGAACGGAAUUCCCUUUACAAACAAUAUGCUGCUAAGCUGUUGGAUUCUGGUGCUGUUUACCGUUGUUUUUGCUCUAAUGAGGAACUUGAACAAAUGAAGGAAACUGCAAAGCGGCUGCAGCUGCCUCCAGUAUAUACAGGAAAGUGGGCAACUGCUUCAGAAAAAGAAACAGAGGAGGAGUUGGUGAAAGGAACACCAUAUACUUACCGCUUUCGCGUGCCCAAAGAAGGGACGCUGAAAAUCAGUGACCUUAUUCGGGGAGAAGUCAGUUGGAGCUUAGACACACUCGGUGAUUUUGUCAUUAUGAGAAGCAAUGGUCAACCUGUAUACAAUUUCUGUGUCACUGUUGAUGAUGCUACAAUGCGUAUAUCCCAUGUUAUUAGAGCAGAGGAGCAUUUGCCAAACACUUUGCGACAAGCACUUAUUUACAAUGCACUUGGAUUUCCAAUGCCUUCUUUUGCGCACGUUUCCCUAAUUCUUGCACCAGAUAGAAGUAAACUGUCGAAACGCCAUGGUGCAACUUCAGUAGGGCAGUUCAGAGAGAUGGGAUACCUGCCUCAAGCAAUGGUAAACUAUUUAGCUCUUUUGGGUUGGGGGGACGGUACAGAAAAUGAAUUCUUCACCAUUGAUCAGCUUGUUGAAAAAUUCUCGAUAGAACGCGUCAAUAAAAGUGGGGCAAUCUUUGAUUCAACAAAGCUAAGAUGGAUGAACGGGCAACAUUUAAGAUCCCUUGCUUUAGAUGAAUUGAUCAAGAUUUUCGGAGAUCAGUGGAAGCGCACUGGCAUUCUCCUCGAAGCGGAAGGCAGUUUUGUCAAGGAUGCAACCGAACUGUUGAAGGACGGAAUCGACCUGAUAACAGAUGCUGACACAGCCUUAUCUAAUUUGCUAUCUUAUCCAGUCCUCUCUACUUUAAGCAGUGAAGAAGGCAAACCCAUUGUACAAGAUAAGCUUUCCGAGGUAGCGGCAAGUUUGAUUUCUGCUUACGAUAGUGGGGAGCUUCGUGAAGCACUGGAGGAAGGGCAUGUUGGUUGGAAAAAAUGGGUGAAGAGCUUUGGCAAGUUACUCAAUCGGAAGGGAAAAUCUCUAUUUAUGCCUCUUCGAGUAUUACUGACGGGGAAGCUUCAUGGCCCAGAUAUUGGGGGCAGUAUUGUUCUGAUAUAUAAAGCCGGUCUCUGCGGAGCAGUUAAUCCACAAUCAGGUUUUGUGCCUUUGGAUGAGAGACUCCGAAUUUUGAAGGAGAUUGACUGGGACGCACUGAACAAGGAACCGGACCCACAACGCAAAUCCGUUGCAACUGUCACUCAUUAAAUAUUUUUUGAUCUUUUUGGAUUUUAUGUUUUUCAAUUGUUAAGGGUUUUUCCUUUUUUGUAUUGUUUUUAGUCAUGCAAAUAAAAUUCGGAGAGAACUGUCGUUGUUUAUGAUGUCCAGCUUUGUUUGGUUCCGAUA